AAGCCCUGUUUCACUGUUGUGUUCUUACAUGUGGCGAAGCUGAGGGCGAUGAACAUCUGGUUAGGAGAGAUGCGUGUAUGAGAAGAAGAAAUACGGGCGAGGAGACGCUGUGAAGAAAGUUUUAUGUCUUUUUUUUUUUUUUAAAGGAGCUUUUUGGGAGAAUCUUGCAGAAUUUUGGUCCAUCAAAGACCAGCUGGAGCUGAAACAUGGACAGUGAAGUGGGAACGAUGAAGGACAGCCUGGACAGUCCUCUGAGCCCGAGGCACCUGACCGGGUUGGGGAUGAACUGUCUGCUCUCCCCAAAGUACCGCCACUCAGGGCCGGGCCUGGCCAGUCCUCAGGAGUACAACCAGUGGCUGCCUUACCGUCAUGACGCCAGCCUGCUGCCCAUGAAGGAGGACCUGGCCUUCUGGCUCAACACCAUGAUGGGUGUGGAGCUCACAGCAGACAGUCUGAUGGAGAGGCUGGAUACUGGCGUUCUGCUCUGUCAGCUGGCGCAGCUGCUUCAGGAGAAAAUGAUCCACGCAAACAACGGCAAGCCUUUUAUAAGAAGAGUGAUCCACUGGCGAGCCGAUGCGACUUCUGGAUCAUUUUUCGCUCGAGACAAUACAGCCAACUUCCUGUACUGGUGUCGAAAGAUUGGCGUUGAUGAGGCUUAUCUCUUUGAGUCUGAGGAUUUGGUCCUCCACAAACAGCCUCGGGAGGUGUGUCUGUGCCUGAUGGAGCUGGGACGGAUUGCAGCCAGGUAUGGAGUGGAGCCACCGGGGCUGGUGAAGUUGGAGAGGGAGAUAGAGAGGGAGGAGGCGGGCUGCUUAUCUCCAUCAUCUCCCCUCUCCUUUUUUCCUCCCACAUCAUUGUAUUCACCAUCGCUAUCGCCGCUGCCCCCGGCCCCGUCUCCCCCACCGCCUCCCCCGGCUCCCCUCACUCCGAGCGCAACCUGUCUGUCUGAACCCCUCGCCGCCUCCCUCGCCUCUGAUCUUCCAUCAGCCACAACAAAUCCGGUGCCUACAUGUUUAUCCCCUCCUCAGUGCUCGCUCUCAGCCUCUAACCCCUGUACAACCACGGUCUCAACACAGACGCCUUUGUUCUCCUCAUCCUGCACCACAAACACAUCUGUUUGGACGCCGUCGCUGUCGGUGCCUUCGCCGGGCCAAACCCUAGCUGCCAAACUCUGCCCUACCACAAUAAACAGCCACACUCCGGCUGCAGCUACUCCAACCCCUAUCACCUCCCCACCUGCAGCACAGACCCCACGGUCAUCAAACAAAUCCUCGAGCCGGAGGAGCACAGGCACCAACAACAUUUUGGAUGAUAUUGUGAGGAACAUCAUUGAAAAGCCUCCUUGCAGCUGCCCCACCAAGUUCCUCGUUGAGAAGCAACCUAAAGGCUGCUACCGUGUCGGGGAUAAAGUUCUGUAUAUACGGAUGCUGAAUGAGCGUCAUGUGAUGGUGCGUGUGGGUGGAGGAUGGGAGACCUUUAUAAGUUACCUGCAGAAACACGACCCCUGCAGAGGAGGAGGAGGAGGAGGAGGAGGAGGAGGAGGAGGAGGAGGAGGGCUGGGAGGCAGAUCUGAGGUCAGGGUCUGUCGGGACAAAGCCAAGCCAAGCAGCUUGAACAUCUCAUCUGACAGCUACAUGGUGGUCGGAGCCCAUUAUCGUGGUAAGAAGUAGGCCUCUGCUCUCCAACUGCUUCUGGCUGCAGGCGAAAAGUGUGAACACUCAUUUAAUCCACUGAAACCGUACAAGGUUGAUGAUUUAAAAUAUAGCUAGAAUCACUUUUACCUCACGUUUAAAAGGAAACCCAACGUUUGCUGUUGAUAAGUUGUAGAUAUGACUGUUCUUACCCAACUCAGUGUCAUGACUGGGCAGCAAAGUUAUUAAAGAAAGUGUGUCUAUGCAAUAAUUAGUCAAUUUAACAAUCAAUUAAUCAUCUCAGUCACAUUUCAUGAAAAAUAUUUCCUUGUUCCAGCAGUUCAAUGAGAGAAUUUGCAGUUUUUCUUUGUUAUAUUUGAUAGCAAACUGAAUAUCUCGGGUUGUUGACUAAAACAAGAAAUCUGAAGCUGCUUGAACACCAGUUGGUAGUUGCUGUAAACAUUUAUAUCAUCAUGCAAUUAUCAUCAGAUAUUCUCUCAGGAGAGGUUUUGUAUGAUAUUCUAUGCAAUAAUGUAGAUGGAGCUAAAUUAUCUCCUCUGAUUUGUACUUUGUUAGUGCCAUUAUUAAACCUACAGCUUUGUGUUUAUGCAUCACUGUAAUCUGUAUGACUGAGCUUUUCUAUUUGGGAUGCCAAGUGUCCCUAAUAGUGUUAAAGAGAGAGAGUUUUAAUGUGUACAAAUAUUUUUUUUCUGUAUUUUUCUGGAUAAAAGCUGUUUCAGUUUCUGUUUGAAAUAAACUAAAUUGUUUUAAAUUUA